AAUCCUUCUGAAAACUAAAAACCAGAAACGAGAGCAGAGGGAAUGAUUCGAAGAACGAAAGCAGAGGAUUUCGAAUUACCCUGAACAAGGCUUCAGAAGACAACGGAGAUGGGGGUUGAGUUAUCCCCAAAGGCUAAUGCCAUCAUCACUGUGCUCCAGGGAUGCAACAGCUUCAAAAGGCUUCAGAAGAUACAUGCACAUGUCAUAGUGAACGGCCUCCAACAUAUCCCUGCCAUUGCCAACCAGCUUCUCCACUUCUGUGCCGUAUCUGUCUCAGGGUGCUUGCUCUAUGCUCAGCUUCUAUUCCAACAUCUCCAUAACCCACAAACACAAGCAUGGAACUCACUUAUCAGAGGCUUUGCCCUCAGCACAUCUCCUCUCCAAGCCAUUCUUUACUACAAUCACAUGAUUUUUUCUUCCACAUCUCACCCUGAUACUUUCACUUUCUCCUUCACUCUUAAGGCCUGUGAGCGACUUAAGGCUCAAAACAAAUGUCAGGAGCUUCAUGGCUCAGUAAUCCAAAGGGGGUAUGAGAGUGAUGUGGUUGUUAGAACCAAUCUCAUUCGAUCCUAUGCAGCAAAUGGGCUGAUUGAAAGUGCAACGAUGGUGUUUGAUGAGAUGACUGAGAGGGAUUUGGUUUCCUGGAAUGCAAUGAUAUCUUGCUACUCACAGGCCGGUCUGCAUCAUGAGGCAUUGGAUAUGUACACUUACAUGAGAAAUGAGGGUGUUGAGUUUGAUGGCUUCACAUUAGUUGGGCUGCUCUCAUCUUGUGCCCAUGUGGGCGCAUUAAACAUUGGCAUCCACUUGCACCAGAUUGCUUGUCAUAAGGAGUUCACUAGAAAUGUUUAUGUUGGGAAUGCUCUUAUAGACAUGUAUGCAAAAUGUGGUAACUUGGAAGAUGCUCUUUGUGUCUUCAAUGGGAUGCACAAGCGUGAUGUUUUUACCUGGAAUUCUAUGAUUGUUGGAUAUGGAGUGCAUGGCCUUGGAGAUGAGGCAAUCAAUUUCUUCAAGAAGAUGUUGGUGGCAGGAGUGCAGCCAAAUUCCAUCACAUUUCUUGGUUUGUUGUGUGGUUGCAGUCAUCAAGGCUUACUCAAGAUGGGUGUUGAGUAUUUCAACAUGAUGAGCUCCAUGUUCAAUAUUAAGCAUGGAAUUAAGCACAUUGGAUGUAUGGUUGAUAUGUAUGGACGAGCAGGGAAACUUGAAAAGGCUCUUGAAAUUAUAAGAAGUUAUCCUUCCGAGAAUGAUCCAGUCCUGUGGCGAACUCUUCUUGGAUCUUGCAAGAUUCAUAGGAAUGUGAAGAUUGGAGAAAUUGCCAUGCAGAAUCUGGUCCAGCUUGAGGCAUCCUCUGCGGGGGAUUUUAUACUGCUUGCUACUACAUAUGCCAGUACCAAAAAUGCACAGGGUGUUGCAAAGAUGAGAAAACUAAUUAAAAGCCGGGGGAUAAAGACAAUUCCAGGUUGGAGCUGGAUUGAAGUCGGAGAUCAAAUCCAUAGAUUCAUUGUGGAGGACAAGUCACAUCCUGAUUCAAGAAUGAUAUAUCAAAAAUUGGAGGAAGUAAUGCGGAGAGUUAUUUUGGCUGGUUAUAUUGAAGAGAACUUUGAUAUGUCCAUGCCAGGUUCGUCCACUGAAGGGUGUUUAGAAGCAUCAAGUAGAUAUCAUAGUGAGAAGCUGGCCAUUGCCUUUGGGUUGGCCAUAACCUCAGAAGAAACAGUCCUCCGGAUAGUGAAGAAUUUAAGAGUUUGUAGAGACUGUCAUGUGUUCACAAAAUUUGUUUCAAAAGCAUUCAGUCGAGACAUAAUUGUUAGGGACCGAGUUCGGUUUCAUCACUUUAAGGAUGGACUUUGUUCUUGCAAAGAUUAUUGGUAAUGAUAAAAUGGUGGAGACUGUGAUGGUCAAACAUAAAUUCAAGAAGCAUUUUAGCAGACACAGGAUAAUAAAGGAACGUUUCUACUUCUUCUUCUUCUUCUUCUUCUUCUUCUUUUGAAAUAGAGGAUCAGACUGAGAUAAUCAUAGCAUUUAUCACAUUUUGUACAUUAUUUCAUUUUAGAGAAUAUGAAAAUUAUAUUUAGCAGUCAUUAAAUUCUACAGAUUGUGGCAGGAGAAGUGGGACUUAAAUUCUUACUAACCAGGAGGGGAAAGUGAUGGAGCACGCUGGCAGCAACCCCCAAAGGUUUACAAAAGGCGAGCCAAAGUUGGUUCUAAAGCCCGUGCUUUGGUUUGGCACAUGGCCAAUGAUGAGAAGCUUAGUUGGGAGCUUAAUUAAGUCUUUUACUAGUAGUUUAUUAUUAUUAUUAUUAUUCUUAAAACUAUUUAAUUUUUUUCAAGGCCUAGUUGGAUUAGAACUUCUAAUUAAGAGUUCUAUUAGGAGUUUUAAUAGUUCUUAUAUAUAUACAUGUUUGUAAGUUUCUUUAGACAUUCAGUUAAUAACAUUCAGAUUUUUUUCAGCAGGUUUGCUCUUGAUUGUGCGAAGCUAUCUUGAUUGCAUGAAGCAAUCUACCUUAGGAGUGAUUCCUAAGGGUGCCUAGGUGUGAUUCGUAGGGUUGUUUAUUCUUCCCUGUCUUCUAAACUAAACUCCUAACCUUCUUUUUUACUAUUCACGCACCCUAUUUGUAGCCUAACUAUCUUCAAAUAAGCCCCUAAAUCCUUAAGCCUACCUUACGCCCUAACCUGUUCCGCAUCAGAAAGUCACCAGGUUCUUAUUCUACUUUUUCUCUGUUGUUAAAUUAACAGGAAAAUUCAUUUCUCAUGUCUUUAUUUUCUUCCUGGCUAAGGCAAGGUUAUGCCUUUUUAAUAUAUUUAUCUUGGUUUGGUUUGCUUAAUCAGUUUUGACAUUUUAUUUCUGAGUUUUUUCUAG